AUGGAUACUUCGCCUCCAACCAUAUGCGGCAAGAUAAUAUAUAAAUCGGGUGCAAAUAAUCCGGCGGACUAUCUUUCUCGUCAUCCAACUAACGAAACACAAUCAAGGAAAUCAUCAAAUUGGUGCUGUUUUCUUAAACUUUCAACGUUUUUAACGAACGAAAAUCUUUCUAAUCUUUAUUAUGAUGGAAAGAGAGUUAAAUGGAAUGGAGAUUUGAAUUUACUGAAACAAAUUACAUCUGAAACCUUUCGCCUCGAUGGAAAAUGGUCUUCGCCUGGUGGCAAAAGAAAGAAAUUUGUUAGCUCGAACACAGAUCUCAGUUUUACUUGGUGUCCGGACAAACAAAACUCGUUGAUCUUCCAAGGGAACGCAAUGGUAGAAAGAUUCAUGCAACCGUUGGGAAAGGCACUAAAGACAGCAAAGCUAGAAGAAAGACCAUGGAAACAAGAGUUAUAUCGUUUUCUUCUUCAAUAUCGGACAACCCCGCAUUGUACCACAGGUGUACCAUCAUCAAAACUAUUAUUUAAUCGUAUUGUAAAAGGAAAGAUCCCAGUGAUCACGCGAAGGAAAGUCAUGCAUUAAAAGACACAAAGAAGCUCGAGACAACGAAAGAACAAAGAAGGAAAGAAAUAAAGAAU